ACUUGGCCAUCAAUGUCCCUGGUCACGGGAAGGUGAUGGUCGACAUUGGCUAUGGUGGCACUUUCUACGCCUUUCUCAGUGCUGAGCAGCUGGGCCUUGAUGUGUGCUCUUCGAAGACCAGAGACCUCGUCAAUGCAGCAAGCGCAGUGCGGGAAGCAGUGAAGAAACAGUUCAAGCUUCAUCACCCUGAAAGUGAAGACCUGGCCUUCCUCUACGGCACCAUACUGACAGAUGGGAAAGAUGCCUUUAGUGAGGAGCCCACCACCAACAUCUGUGUGUUUGCAGAUGAACAGGUUGACCGAAGUCCAACAGGUUCGGGUGUGACAGCUCGCAUCGCCUUGCAGUACCAUAAGGGACUCAUCCAGCUGAACCAGACCAGAACCUUUCGGAGCAGCACCAUGGGGUCCUUCUUCACUGGGAAAGCAGUGAAGGAAGCCAAGUUUGGGGACUACAACGCUGUCAUUGUGGAAGUCUCAGGAGAAGCCUUUUACACUGGUACAGCCACCUUCACUGCUGAAGAGGAGGAUCCGCUGAAAUAUGGCUUCUUCUUCAAGUGA